ACCGGCUCGUGUGCUUGUUGUUGCGCUGUUGUUGUUCUUCCCGAUCUCCGCGUAGCCAUUCCGUUUGUUUCACUGCACAUUCAGUAAUUUAUUAGCUGUUUAGUUCCUCCUCCGACUUCUGGACACAUGGAUUGCUCUGAAGAGGUCCAGUCGCUCUCCGACGAAGCCAGCACUCCGAUGGAGUUGAAGAGAGGGAUGUCCAUAUUCUUGGAUAUACUUCGGAGAGCGGAUAAAAAUGAUGACGGGAAGUUGUCGUUUGAGGAGUUCAGGGCGUAUUUCUCUGAUGGCGUUCUGUCUGCGGAGGAGCUGAAGGAACUCUUCCACACAAUCGACACACACAACACUGACAACGUGGACACAGAUGAGCUGUGUGAGUAUUUCUCGCAGCACCUGGGCGAGUAUGAGAGCGUGCUGGCGGCGAUGGAGGAGCUCAACAGCUCUGUGCUCAGGGCCAUGGACAAGACCAAGAAGGAAUACCAAGAGUCCACCCACUUGGAGCAGUUUGUGACUCGUUUCCUGCUGAAGGAGACGACCAAUCAGCUCCAGUCCCUCCAGAGCUCUUUAGAGUGCGCUAUGGAGACCACCGCCGAGCAGACGCGCCAGGAGAGGCAAGGGCCAGUUAAGCCUGAGGGUUUGUCCAUCCAGUGGUGUGGACGGCGGUCCAAUCGAAGGCUUCAGAGGAACAACAGCCUGUCCCCCAACAACCCUCUACUGAGCCUCGUCAACUCAGGUCUCUUUGAGGAGGACAGCCAAUGGAUGACCCAGAUCAACCGACUGCAGAAACUUAUCGACCGCCUGGAGAAAAAGGAGCUGCGUAUGGAGCCGGUGGAGGAGGAGGUGAUGGAGGGCACCGCCAAAUCACACAUCCUGAUGGUCCAGAGGCAGCUCUCAGUGUUGGAGGACGAGCAGGACGAGUUCCGUUUGGCGCUGCGGCAGUACAUCACCUGCACCAGCACUCAGACCGGCUGCCUGCAUGUGUCUGUCCAGAGGCUCUCCAAUGAGUCUCGCUUCAUCCUCUAUGAGUUCUGGGAACACAGCAACGUAUGGAAGAAUCACCUCCAGACCAACUACAGCAAGACGUUCCAGAGGGGCAACGUGGACUUCCUGGAGACGCCUGAGGCCAUGACAACCAUGCUGGUGCCAGGUGGCCCCCACUCUCUUUACUCCUCAUUUACUCUUUAG